UCCAAGCCAUAGCCGGAGCUGAAGAAAUAUUAGUAAUUGCUAUCUGGGAGAACAAAUAAACUCAUCAGAAUCUCUUGAGCCAAGAAACCGAAAUUGAUUGUACCAGAGAUUUCUUUACUGAAAGGACUGCACAUUGUGUGCCCCGCCACAACAAUGGAGAUCGCCCCACGGAAAGCUCGGCAGAAUAGGCAAGUGGUAUUUCUUAUUUUUGCCUUGUUCUUGUCUGUGGCGGUUUCGGAGCCGCAGUUGUACUCAGUGACAGAGGAAACUGAGAGUGGUUCCUUUGUGGGUAAUGUAGCUAAAACCCUGGGGCUAGAGGUAGAGGAGUUGUCAUCCCGAGAGGCCCGGGUGAUCUCUGAGAAUAAGAAGCAGUAUUUGCAGCUUAAACGUGACACUGGGGAUCUUCUUAUAAAAGAGAAGCUUGACCGGGAGAAGCUGUGUGGCCCUACUGAGCCCUGUGUGCUGCCUUUCCAGAUCUUACUGGAAAACCCUUUUCAGUUUUUCCGGGCUGAGCUGAGGGUAGAAGACAUAAAUGACCAUUCGCCCACUUUCCCGGAAUCUGAGAUGAUUCUGAAAAUAUCAGAAAGUACUAUGCCUGGAACUGUGUUUCGACUAAAGGUGGCCCAGGAUUUAGACGUCGGAAUAAACAGUCUCCAGAACUAUACCAUCAGUCCCAAUCCCCAUUUCCUCGUCCGCACUCGCCCACGCAGCGAUGGAAGAAAGGUCCCAGAGCUGAUAUUAGACAAAGUGCUGGAUCGGGAGGAACUGCCUGAGCUCACCUUAACUCUCACAGCAGUAGAUGGGGGGGUUCCUCCAAGAUCCGGUACAGCCCAAGUCCGGGUCAUAGUUAUGGACAUCAAUGACAAUGCCCCUGUCUUCGCUCACGCCCGAUAUGAGGUUCAAAUCCCAGAGAACAGCCCCAUUGACUCUCUAGUUGUGACUGUCUCUGCUCGAGAUUUAGACUCUGGAAUCAAUGGAGAUUUAGCCUAUGCCUUAUAUCAAGCUUCUAAUGAAGUCAGUCAAACAUUUGGAGUAGAUCCCAUUUCAGGAGAGAUUAGAAUCAAAAAACAAUUGGAUUUCGAGGCAAUUCAAAAAUAUGAAAUGGAUAUUGAAGCAAUUGAUGGUGGGGGCCUUUCGGGGAAAAGCAUUGUUGUGGUUCAAGUAAUGGAUCUUAAUGACAAUUCCCCAGAGUUGACUGUAUCGUCACUUACUAAUAACAUUCCAGAAAAUUCUCCAGCGACCGUGGUCGCUGUUUUCAGCAUCCGAGAUCGUGAUUCCGGAGACAAUGGAAGAAUGAUCUGUUCUAUCCCCGAAGAUCUUCCUUUUUCCCUGAAACCAACUUUCAAAAACUUUUAUACACUUGUCACAGAAGGAGCCCUGGACAGAGAAAAGAGGAUCCAAUAUAACAUCACUAUUACCAUCACGGAUUUAGGAUACCCGAGGCUCAAAACCGAGCACAACAUCACGGUAUUCAUCUCCGAUGUCAACGACAAUCCACCAGUAUUUACUCAGACAGCCUACACACUCUACGUCAGAGAAAACAAUAGCCCCGCCCUUCAUAUUGGCAGUGUCAAUGCAGAUGACAGGGAUGAAGGAGCCAAUGCUAAACUCACCUACUCCCUGCUGCCUCCUGAGACUGAAGAUUUGCCCCUCUUUUCCUACAUCUCCGUGAAUUCAGACAACGGACAUCUUUACUCUCUGAAAUCCCUGGAUUAUGAAACCACUAAAGCCUUCCAAUUCACUGUGAGAGCUACUGAUAGCGGCUCUCCAGUCCUGAGUAGUCAAGCUCUGGUUCAGGUUGUGGUCCUGGAUGAGAAUGACAACUCUCCCUUUGUGCUGUAUCCUCUGCAGAAUAGCACGGCUCCCUGCAAUGACCUUGUUCCCCGGGUAGCAGAGCCAGGUUACCUGGUGACUAAAGUGGUGGCGGUAGAUAGAGACUCAGGACAAAAUUCAUGGCUUUCCUAUCAGCUACUCAAAGCCACAGACCCAGGACUCUUCACUGUAUGGGCUCAUAAUGGAGAAGUGCGCACAUCAAGACCCAUCAGCGACAGAGACACCAUCAAACAGAGGCUUCUAGUUCUGGUGAAAGAUAAUGGGAAGCCGGCUUUGUCCACAGCGGUCACGCUGAAUGUACUCCUGGUGGACGGAUUCUCUGAGCUACAUGUACAACUCCCAGGCACAAAGGAACAAAUCCAGAAUGACUCCCUCACUGUUUAUUUGGUCAUUUCUCUAGUUUCAGUGUCAUUUCUCUUCUUGCUCUCUAUCUUCCUUUUUAUAGCAGUGCGUCUAUGGAAGAAGAGAAAUGCUGCAAAUGGAGUUUGCUUGGAGACCAAUGACCCCUAUUCAGGCCAUUUAGCGGAUUUCAAUGGCACAGGGACUCUUUCCCAGAAUUACCAGUAUGAGGUGUGUCUGACCAAUGGCUCAGGGAAUGGAGAAUUCAAGUUCCUGAAGCCUAUUAUACCCAACCUCCAAGCUCAGAAUUCUGGGAGAGACUUAGAAGAAAUUCCAUCCUUUAGAAAUAGCUGUGGCUUCAGUUAGAGAAAUUGUGAAACAGACUAGAAGACCGAGACAAAGGCAGAAGAAGCAACGUUAUUAGCUGGAGCUUGGAAACAGCCCUGGGCCCUGUG